GCGGUACGUCCCGGAAUCGCAGGCGCGCAUCCCUUCCCACCUGAGGGCCUGCCUGGCCAUGACUCCCGCCCCUCUUCUCCUCGGAAGAGAGGUCGGGGCCGCUCCAGGGGCCGUCUGCAGCCACCGGGGAUGGGGCUGACGGUCGGUUCCUGCCCCGGUGCAGCCGCCGCCGGGCAGACCGCCUGGCUUGGCCGCAGCCACGGCGACAUCCAGGCCCGGGUCUGCGAGGCUGGGCGCGCCAGCCAGCUUGGGAGUUGCCUGGCGCCUGUAGCUGGGCGCCCAGGUGGUGGAGCAUGGCCUGGGCGGCCUCUGGAUCGCGAGUGCCCCUGGCCUGAGAGCCCGCCAGACCCUGCCCCCGCCCGGCUCCUCCUCUGCCAGAGCUCGACACCUCUAGCCAAGGGCCCUCUGCAGCCACGGGGGAUAGGGCUGAGGGCCGGUUCCCGCCCCCGUGCAGCUGCUGUAGGGCAGACCGUCUGGCUUGGCCGCAGCCACAGGACAUCUGGCCCUCGUUCCGAGAUGUGGGAAGUGAGGGCGGACUCGGGAGUUGCCUGGAGGUUGCUGCCUGCACAAAGAAGGCGGCUGCAGCUUGGGUGCCCAGGCGGGCUGGAGGUGCAUGGCCUGGUCGGCCUCGGGAUUGCCAGCGCGCCCAGCCUGAGGGCCCCCAGGCUGUGCCUCCCGCCCAGUCCUCCACCUGAGGGAGAUCGGGCUGUUGGUAUGGGUCCUCAGCAGUCACCCCGUGUGGGGUUGAGCGGCGGGUUCUAAGUUCUCGCUCCUGUGCAGCCGCCGCCGGUCAGAAUGCCUGGCUUGGCCGCAGCCACUGGGACACCUGGCCCUGGUUCUGCGAUGCUGGCAGCGCGAGCGGGCUCGGGGGUUGCCAGGCAGCUGCUGCCUGCACACAGAGGGCGACUGCAGCUUGGGCGCCCAGUCGGCGGAGCAUGGUCUGGGUGGCCGCUGGAAUGCGUGCGCUCGAGGCCUGAGGGACGCGCUGUUGGUGCCACCUGCCCCGCUCUGCACCUCUCCGCACCUGCGCCGGCGCCCUGCGCCCCCUCCCUGCGCCCCCUCCACGCCUGCGCCGGCGCUCUGCGCCUCUCUGCCUUUGCAAAGGGCGCUCUGCCUUUGCGAGGGCGGAGCUGCCUUCUCCUCAGCACAGACCGGAAGAGCAUCGCAAGGGCGGAGCUGAGUUCUCCUCUGCACAGACUUCGGAGAUACAGCGAAGGCGGAGCAGUGUUCUCCUCAGCACAGACUCGGGCGGGCGGGCCGGGGGCACCGCGAGGGCAGAGCUGCGUUCUGCUCGGCACACACCUGGGGGACACCGCGAAGGCAGAGCAGCGUUCUCCUCAGCACAGACCUUGGGGGCACUGCCUCGCUUUGGGACAACUCGGGGCCGCAUCAACGACUCAGCUUCGCACUCCAGGGCUGCGUACCACCAGCCACUGUCAUGUUAACCCCUUCCCAGGCCAAUGUGUCCUCGGCCUGGAGCCCAAUCUGCUGGACAGCCUGGGACCGUCCAUUUUCGGGGUGGUGGGCAACCUGGUGGCCAUCGUGGUGCUGUGCAAGUCACGCAAGGAGCAGAAGGAGACCACCUUCUACACAGUUAUGUGGCUGGCCGCCACCGAACUGUUGUUCACUUUGCUGGUGAGCCAGGUGACCAUCGCCAUGUACAUGAAGGGCAGGUAACCUGGGGGCCAGCUGCUGUGUGAGUACAGCAUCUUCAGCCUGUUCUUCUUCAGUCAGUCCGGCCUCAGCAUCGUCUGUGCUGUGAUAUCUAUACAGGAUGUCUCAACUCAAAUGUGAAAUUUUCAUGGAGAAUAUUUGAACUGUAUUUAGAUUAAUACAAAUUGCAGUUAAAAAGUUUAAUAUAGAUUUACCAGGGGGCGUGCAGCCCGCUUGCCAAUCAGAUCGCUGCGGAGCGGUCCCGCAGCCAACCCCCGAAGAGCAGCCUGCUGGCUUCCCCAGCGCCCAGGAGUUGGGGAUGUCCUACAAACCUACCACCCCUGCCCCCAGCAGCACCCCUGGCUCCAGCACCCCUGGGCCAGGCACUCCGGUCCCUACAGGAAGCGUCCUGUCGCCGUCGGGCUCAGGGCCGGGAGCCACUGCCCCUUGCAGACCGCUGUUUAAAGACUUUGGACCGCCUACCGUCGGUUGUGUGCAGGCCAUGAAACCACCUGGUGCCCAGGGCUCCCAGAGCACCUACACGGAACUGCUGUUGGUCACUGGGGAGAUGGGCAAAGGGAUCCGGCCCACCUAUGCUGGCAGCAAGAGCGCCGCGAAGUGCCUGAAGAGAGGUAUCAUCCAUCCCUAGUCAGAGUGCCUGGUAGAGACAGAGCGGAACGCCCACACUUAACAGGAAGCUCCUAGGCCUCUGUGUCUGGACUUCAGAGCACCUGCUUCUCCCUGGCCUUCAUCCCUAGUUGCACUAACCAUCCUGGGCUUCCUGUCCUGUGUCCCUUGAUGGGUGCCCUCCAGGAACCAAGAGGCGGUUCUCACUCCAGGUGGCAGCACUGAGGACCCCCCACCCCAUCCCACCCCGCCAACGCAACAAGAGUUAGCAGCGAGGUCCCCGUGAGUCCCACCCAUGACCUGCCGACAGUGUUGCCCACUGGAACUUUCUGUGGCCCCCACCACUCAGCCCUUCCCAGCACUUGUCCGGAGCCUCCUUCUCCCUCAGCACAGCUCAGGCCUCAGGCCUGACACUUCCCUGCCUUGUGUCUUUUGCUAAAUAUGACCUUUCUAUAUUAAUAAAAGAUGCUUUGGAGUUGUGCUGUCUAAAAAAAAGUUUAAUAUAAAGGAGAAAUAAAAGGAAAUUUAGCAAAGAAAUAUGUAGAUGGAUAUUUAAAUACUCAGAGGUGACAUUACUACCAGACAUAAUGAGAUUAUCAGAUGUUUCAUUUACUUAUGAUUAAUAUGUUUGUAUUUAUUUUUUAUUCAUUUUAUUUUAUUUAUGUAUUUAUUUAUUUUUAUUAUACUUUAAGUUCUAGGGUACAUGUGCACAAUGUGCAGGUUUGUUACAUAUGUGUACAUGUGCUGUGUUGGUUUGCUGCACCCAUUAACUUGUCAUUUACAUUAGGUAUUUUUCCUAAUGCUCUCCCUCCCCCAGCCCCCCACCCCAUGACAGGCCCCAGUGUGUGAUGUUCCCCUGCCUGUGUCCAAGUAUUCUCAUUGUUUAAUUCCCACCUAUGAGUGAGAAUAUGCAGUGUUUGGUUUUGUGACCUUGCGAUAGUUUAAACAAACUAGGAAGUUCAGAAGUCACUUUACAAGAGAAAUAAAGAAAAAUAAAGUAUUAAUGACAUUGGUAACAGAAUAAAAAUUAGGGUUAGACAAAGUAUUAACAAGCAAGCUUAUAUAUUUAUAAGAGAUGGG